UUUUAUGAUAAUAACAUGCAUGUGGUUGCAGUAACCAAGGCGAUUAGUAAAUUUUCACAACUCGCAGCCGACCAGCACACAUUGGUGGACACUCUAGGACGAAAUGUGCUUGUGGAGUGCAUCGCCGCACAUUUUCUGAAUCCAUAUAUUAAAUCUCCUAUCACAGUAAGCAUUUCAGGUGGAAGCGGCACAGGAAAGAGUAGUCUCAUGUAUCAGAUAGAAGCCUAUUUAUUGAUUACAGCUGCUCAAUUAGCCUUUCCAUAUUUGUGGGAAAACGAAGAUUUUAAUGGAGCGAGAAAGAUAUCCCUCACUAUUAAAGGAGUACAGAUGUGCAAAAAAAUUGAGAAAGGAGUUUACACUUUGCUAGGAAACAGGAAUUACAGAAACUUUAAAGAAGAUGUUGUUCACUUGUCUCCACAGCAAAGGCCAACAAUGUCACUGGUGUAUUUGUUGAGAGAAUAUCUACCAAAAUGCAAAGCUGUUUAUAAGUCUCUGGCAUGCAUGGACGUAGCUCAACUGAUGGAAGAAGGUGAAAAAUCAUCAGUUCAUGAGAUUGAAGGUCAAUCACUGGGAGCAAUUCCAAGGAUUUUAACUGUGAAUUUCAAUGCCGGCAACUAUCGGGGAAGAACAGAAGCUUGGGCAGGUCUGGCAAUUGAAAUAACAAAAGAAAUUGAGGCUUCUAUGACUUGGGCCCAGUUGUUGAGCACACGUUGGAGAAACAUGUGGAUCAGACAUGGUCAGGAUUUCUACUUGCGCUUCAUAUUCCCAGGUGUUCUUUUGGUUUUUGUGGGAGCCUGGAUUGGUUGGGCAGCAUGGAAGCUGCUAGACCGGGAAGGCCCGUCAGAAUUAAAAGAUUUAAAAUAUGGAUCUGUAACUGCAACUGUGAUAGUAAUUGUGUGGUCUAUAUUAGGCAAAAUAGUUUCAGUUUUACAACCUAUAAGUUCACAAAUGAGUGGAUAUUUCAGCUUACCUGAUCAUUCACAACAGCUGGGUUAUCAGCAAAAGGUAAUUGCAGACAUCCAGUUUCUAAAAGAAGAAAUUGGGAGAAAGCCCUGCUUCAUUUUCUCUUUUAUUGCGGGUGAAAUGUGUAAAAACUGGUGGGGUUUGUGGAAGGAGAACGUUCAAGGCACUUGCAUUCCUCGAUAUGGCUCAGCUCCCGAGGGUAAGCUGCGGAUAAUAGCUUUUGUUGAUGAUCUCGACCAAUGUGAGGAAACAGUGAUACUCCCGAUGUUAUGGGCAAUAAAUCUGGUAUUCAAGGUGUGCGAAAUCAACGUUAUCUUAACAAUGGACAAAGCAACUAUUGAAACAGCAUAUCGAAAGUCUUCGUUGGUUCAAGACAAUGAUUUUGCAGACAAGUUCAUAAGUAAAAUUGUACAGCUGCCAGUGAACAUACCAGAUCCAACAGAUGACGAAUGGUUAGAGUUUCUUGAUACGGCGAUGCUACGCAACAGAAAAGUAGAGUCUCAGCAGACAACGGGUCGUGUUGAGACGCUGCCGAUCAACGAACAGUCCAGGAUAAAUGGAGGAAACCGAGGAGAACCUGAGAAAGUACGUGGACCGAAAGAUAUCGAGAGUGGAAAAAGUUCAAUAAAAUGGGAAGGCUGUUGCAUUCCAUUUUUGACCGACUGGCCAGUGCCAUGGCUUAAAGGGAUUACAUCUUGCUUUCUGUCUUUCAUACAUGGCAUUCUCCACUUUCUGGGUUUUGUUGUUUGCAACAUCAGAGAAGAAAAUGAGAGGCAUCAGCCCGAUUAUAGUGAUGAUUCAGAAUCUUUCCCAGAUGGUACGAAGAUUUUGUUUCAGCGUUUGCAGCAGGUUAGAGAGUCGUGGAUGCUGAGUUACAAUGAUGAAGAAGCAGAAGCUUUUCAUCAAUUGAAAUGUUAUGCUACAGGCAGCCAGAAGGUUCCCAGAGAAUGGAAAUGCUAUAUCACCUACCAUAACUUUGCAAAGAAUAUUGUCUCUAAAAUGGGCAAAGGAAAAAAAUUCCCUGUCGGUUGGGAGGUCGAAUUCAUGGUCUGGACUUUUGUUUGUUUACAAUGGAAACACGAAAUCAAUGUUUUAAUACAGGAUUGGUACAAGUAUGCCUAUGUGAAAGAAAGCGAUCGACCAGCAAUACUUAAAACUUCACUGAAGAAAAUUGUUGCAGACUACAUUGCACAACGCAAUUGGGGAGAGCAAACGGGAUAG